AUGGCAUUCUUAUAUUAUUUUGAAUUUCUACUUUUCAUCCUAAGUUUUUUGACGCUAAAAUGCGCCCAGACAAAUUUGACAAUUGUUUCCAAUUCAUUUUUUGCAGUUUACAACUCGUUCGGACUGAAGUCAUGUGCCGUUGAAGUUGUAGAUGUGCAACACACUUGUUCGUCUUACCUGAAAUGUGUCAUCAAGUGUUCGGCAGCGGCAGGUUGCAGCAGAUGCAACUACCACUACGACAACAGGACUUGCCAGUUCUUCACGAAAAAGACCACCUUCAAAACAGGGUAUCUCUCGUCUGAUCUGUGCAUCUCAUUUCAGAAACGUACAUCUGGUAAUGAACCUCUCAACAAUGAAUGGUCGUCGAGAUAUCUCGGUUGUUACAAGGACAUAUAUUCUCCGAAAGAUAUGCCAUACUGGGAGACACGGGUCUACGACCUAACGAUUCAGACGGGAUGGAACAAAUGCCGGAUCAUGAACUACACUUUCAUCGGAUUGCAGUAUGGCUCUGAUAACUUCUGUUCCGACACGUACGGGCGUUAUGGAGUUGGAGCAGGAUGCACGUAUCCGUGCGGAGGAUCGCCUGUUGAAAAAUGCGGUGGCUACUUCUUCAACAGCGUCUACUCCGUUUGCGAUAUUGGCAUGUACGGAUUGAACUGCAACCAGAACUGCUCGUGUGGUCCGCAGUGUUUGUGCAACCGUCUAACCGGUUUCAUGGUCUAG